AUGACAAAUUGUAAACCAGUAUCAACUCCUUCUCAUUUAAAAUCCUCUAAUUCCCCUGGUCUAACUGCUGCUUAUUCUAAUCCUACGUUUUAUCGUCAACUCGCCGGCUGUCUUCAAUAUCUAACUCUUACUCGCCCGGACAUCGCUUACACCGUCAACAAGGUUUGCCAACAUAUGCAGAAUCCGACCAUUCUCCAUUUUGAAGAUCUCAAGCGUUUAUUACGGUACAUUCAAGGCACGCUGCACGUCGGUCUCCCUCUGUUCCGGGACAAACCGAUUCUACAGUCUUUCUCUGACUCCGAUUGGGCAGGAGAUGUGAAGGAUCGGAAAUCUAUAACCGGAUAUUGCAAUUUUCUUGGCUCAUCUUUGAUAUCCUGGAGUACAAAGAAACAAAAUGUCGUCGCCCGGUCAUCCACUGAAGCCGAAUAUCGGGCUCUUGCUUCUACGGCAGCUGAGAUCACCUGGAUCCGGCGACUAUUACAUGAAUUAAAUUGUCCUCAACCCACUUCCACAUCUCUCUUUUGCGACAAUACUUCAGCUAUAGCUUUAGCAAACAAUCCUGUGUUUCAUGCCAGGACUAAACACAUUGAGGUUGAUUGUCAUUACAUUCGUCAUUGCAUUACAGAUCAAACAAUACAAAUUCAUCACAUACCUACUACCGAUCAAGUAGCUGAUAUUCUGACUAAACCGUUACCUGCUCCUAGAUUCAAACUUCUUGCUCACAAACUGGUUCAACCGUUGGAGACACCAGUUUGA